UCCUAAAUUUGUACUCUGCAACUCUUGAUUCGUUUUCUCUCUCUCCUGCUUCACGGAGGAAUUAGAUAAAAUCAAAGGAAGAAUGGGGUAUGUAGGAGCACAUGGCGUUGCAGCUCUUCACAGAUACAAGUACAGUGGUGUAGAUCACUCUUACCUUUCUAAAUAUGUGUUGCAACCAUUUUGGAGCCGUUUUGUCAAUUUCUUCCCACUUUGGAUGCCAUUUGGUACAAUUGAUCUUGUGUUCUUCAUAGUUUUUGAACAUGUUUGUACUGAGAGUCAGAGUAAAGAACUAGAUUGGACCAAACAUGAUUACGCUUACGGGAUUUAUGUUCUUGGUUACAUCAGCACUGCUUGGCUAUGAUGUGAUGCACUUGCAUGUGCGUUUGAAAGCAUGGCAUUUGGGAGCACUGCUUUGUGUGGAAGGUACACGUUCUGGUUCUGGGUGAUUGCAGCUGUUCCAUUUUACAGUGCAACAUGGGAACACUAUUUUACCAAUACACUUAUUCUUCCAGUUAUCAAUGGACCUACUGAGGGUCUUGCUUUGAUUUACACAUGCCACUUCAUGACAGCAAUUGUUGGUGCCCAGUGUUGGUCUCAGCAGUUUGGGAAAUCAAUGUCUAUUUUUAGUUGGGUGCCUUUUAUAAGUGAAAUUCCAACAUACAAAGCUGUGUUGUAUUGGAUGACAGCCUUUGGUGUUAUACCUACCAUCACAUUCAAUGUAUGCAAUGUCUAUGAGGUUGUUCAGGCAAGAAAAGGAAGCAUGCCAAUGGCAUUAGCAAUGCUUUACCCUUUUGUUGUACUCCUGGGAGGAGUGCUAGUCUGGGAUUAUCUUUCUCCGUCUGAUAUAUUAGGAAAUUAUCCUCAUCUAAUUCUAUUGGGAACUGGACUUGCAUUUGGGUUCCUGGUGGGUAGGAUGAUUUUGGCUCACCUUUGUGAUGAGCCCAAGGGAUUGAAAACUAACAUGUGCAUGUCACUUUUGUAUCUUCCCUUGGCGAUUGCAAAUGCUCUUACAGCUAGACUGAAUGAUGGGGUUCCUUUAGUUGAUGAAUUCUGGGUUCUUCUUGGUUACUGUAUAUUCACAGUAUCACUACUUACACUUUGCUACCUCAGUCAUUCAUGAAAUCACAACUGCGUUGGGAAUAAAUUGCUUCAGGAUAACUAGGAAAGAGGCAUAAUUGUUGGUAAUACUUGUCUUAGUGCUUGGAGGUCAAAUUGAUGGAGAAUUAGUUUUCAGUUUUGGACUUGUAUUCUAGCGGAAAGUUGGGAGCAAACCGGAGCUGCUAGGUAUUUGGCAAAUCAAUUUUGAUACAGCAUUGAUAAGGGAUAUGCUUCUAUUCUAAACCCAUUAAGAGGUGCAUUUUGUCAACAUUGUUGUAUAUCAUUGAGUUCAAAAUAGAGCAGGCAAAUAUAGGUCUGUAAACUGUUUUGUGUAUUAAUUUUCCUGGGUAGUUGCUUUACGUAGGAGAGUGAACAUUCAAUUUGCCAACCGAAAGAGAAAUCCUAUACCAAUAUUUUGGAUUUUCAUUAAUUUAGGAAGUUUGUAAUCAAUCAAUCGAGAAAUUCAUU